UGUGCGCAUCACAAGUGCGGUGACCUUCGUUUCGAUAACAUUAAGAAUAGACGAGUACAUCACUACUUUCUUUUGUGCACAUUCUAAAUUUAAAAUGAUUAAUUGUUCAGUGAAAUUAUAAACGCGUUUAUAUAUUUAUUAGCUGUUCUCUAUGGAUUGUGAUAUUUAUAAAUGUCUUAUAUUAUAGACUCAUCACGUGUGGCGGUAGUAUGCCUGGUAGUGUCGUGGUGCGUGUUGGGUGCGCUGUCAGCGCCUGCGCCGCUUUGUGCGGACGCAGCGGAGGGCGACCCACGCGCGGCACGGUUCUGCCAAGCUCUUAACACCUUCCUCGAGUUGUAUGCUGAGGCUGCAGGGGAACAGGUCCCUGAAUACCAAGCUCUAGUCCGCGAUUACCCACAGCUGCUCGACACCGGUAUGAAGAGACAGGACGUCGUACACUCGUUCCUCCGUUUCGGUCGCCGGCGCUGACGCGUCCCUCAACCGCUGCGCGCCCGCCGCGUACACGCAACGAAACCGCAACCGAAACGCAGCGACGUGGCUUGAAUACAUUUGCGCAAUUUGCUUUUCGUUUUGUUUUAUAAUGUGAAAUAAAUUAAGUUUUACUUCGUCCAAAAAAAAAUUUAAAGUUCCUUUCUUAGGUAAGCUCGGUGUUGUUUUAAAUGUCUGAGUGUAGGAUAUCCGGUACACUGCGAUAUGAAAUUGUAAACCUCUCUCUCCAAAUUUAAUAGUUAACAUUGUUUAGUCUACAUUUAUGAGGAAUGUACUUAUUGCUGAAAGUAUUAUAGAUAUAAGGUGUAAUUAAUAAUCUUGUUGUCAACAUUUUGUGGCAUUUCAUUUUAUAAAUAUAAGACUAUUGUAAU